AUGCUAAGAAAACAGUAUUUUGUGGGCACUCUUGUAUUUGCAGUCAUCGUAUUUUUGUCAACAUAUUUCUUCGACAAAUCUUUGCCCAGGAGGUCUAAGUCUCUAGUCCACAUGGAAAUCAAUAAACUUUAUGCGGCUGAAAGUCGAAGAGAUUUAAACACCAGAUCACAGUCAGUUCUGGUACCAGAGCCCGUAGGACAAGUCAUAGGCAACCACUCAAACCUGCCAGACAAUGUCAUUUGGCUCAACUCCCGCGUGGAUUCACAGCAACCUUUUUUGUCCCAAAAUAUCAACGAAAUUUUGGAGGAAAGAGCUUUCCACCAGAACACGUCAACAAACAAGGCCCCGGAGAAGUACAUUCACAUCACUUUAGCCAAAUACUAUUACUUAAGGAAAAUCACAUUUGCUUUGGCCUACAGGGACAAGUUAUCCCCGCAGGAAGAGCAAGCAUUUUCACAUCCUAAGCCCAUUCCGUGGAUUCGAGAACAUCAGGCCCCAGAACCAAAGCAGAUUAGCAGCAACGUGUGCAAGGAUGGGGCUCCGUUUCUUCUGAUCAUUGUUUUGUCAACACCGAGCAGUCGACAAGCGCGGAUGAGCAUCCGCCAGACUUGGGGCAGUGUUGCUGUCUCGCAGACGUGGCCCCACAUUCCACUGAAUGCUAAAGUAAAACUUUUAUUUGUCGUGGGUUCUCAGAAUGUCGCACCGUCCUUGGACGAGACAAUGCACAUAGAAAGAUUCCUGUACGACGAUCUUCUCAUUUUAGAUAUGGUGGAGGGAUAUGACAAGCUUACUUUGAAAAUGUUGUCGGCACUUUAUUGGAUAGAAAACCAUUGCUCUCAGAUUCAGUUUGUACUUAAAGCAGAUGAGGAUUCUUUCGUGAACAUCCCAUUCCUGGUGGAUUAUCUCAUCAUUCACCGUCGGGACCUCUCUAAAUCUGUACUUGGUCACAUGUAUUCGUCACCAGGAGUGUGGCGAGGCGGCAAGUGGAGCGUCUCUUACGCUGAGUACCCUUUCGUCAACUUCCCAUCUCAUGCUUCGGGCAGCAGUUACAUCAUCGCUGGUGACGCCGUUUCUGACCUGCUCAGAGUCAGCAGGAACUUCCAGCCUGUUCCAAUCGAAGACGCUUUCAUCACAGGCAUCUUACCAAAAGCAGCGGGGAUUACAAGGUACCACUGCACGGCCAUGUCCAUCCUGGGAGAGCUCCAUCACUGGAACGGCGGACUGCCUACAAUAUGUCAGUACUACUACACUCGCUUCACUCUGACUGACCUAACCCCAGAAAUAUUUGACCGGAUGUGGCUAACGGCCCAGAUAAACUACUGCAACACCAAUGGCUAUAAAGGACUUGAUUACAUCGCUGACAAAUCCCAUCUCAAACAUUGA